GUUUGAUGGGCCGGAAACGUCAGGCUGACGAGAGCGAGGCCGAGGCAGGCGACGACGUCAUACGCCUUCGUCUACUGGAGGGUACAAGGCAGCAUUACAACACCAUGGUCUCGCACUUCAAGCGAUGGCUGCAAGCCAAUAACCCGGUGCAUGUUGUGGGCGAAACCAUAAUGUUACCUCUUCCAGAGAAUGUGUGCAAGAUGUACCUCUCCUACGUGUCCGUGAAACGCGACAAGCAAGGUAACGAGCUGUUGCCAAGAACGUACAACACAGCAUCGACAGUCAACGGGUACAAGAGUGCGAUCAAGUUCUUGUACAAGGAGUCCAGCAUGGAAGUAUCGUCCGAAGUGGACUCAACACUUUCAGGUACAUUUGUUUCUAAACUAUUUUAAUACUACGCAGUAUUUUUUAUUAGCAUUUUCGGAUGGGUACAAGCGACAUGUGGCCCAGAUGAAGCAGAACGGGACUAUGUCAAUCAAUGAAGGCAAACGUCCUGUAUCAUUUUCAGGGUUCGUGUUUUUGGCCGCGAAAGCAUUGGGG